UUUAUUGGAUUAUGCUACAAUGGAGAUUUAUGUUUGGAUCACACUCACUCUUGUGCACUGCGUUAAAGCAGUUAAUGGGUUAAAGUUUACCAAAAACCCAGCCAACCUUACAGUAACCCAAGGUAACAUGGCUCGUCUGGGCUGUGCUGUGGAGGGCCUGAGUGAGGUAGAGAUUGUCUGGAUGAAGGAUGGUGAAAAGCUGUACAGCACAGAUCAGAUUUACAUCCCUAUAGACAGCCAUCACUGGGAGACAUUUCACAGGGUGAAGUCAGUGCAACAGCAGGAUGCUGGGAAGUACUGGUGUGAGGUUGAAUAUCAUGGUACAGUCAUCUCCUCUGAACCAGCAUGGAUCACAGUGGAAGGUGUCCCCCACUUUAUAGUGGAACCCCAGGAUGUAGCCACAUUUUCAGGUGAUCCCUUUAACUUGACUUGUGCGGCUGUUGGGCCUCCUGAACCAGUGCAGGUGUUGUGGUGGCUGGGGGGCGUACAAGAGGGAGAUUUCAGACCAUCUCCAUCUGUGCUUUCCGUUUCAGGUGUGAAUCACAGCAUAAAAUUUUACUGUGAAGCCAAGAAUGCUAAAGGUAUUUCUGUGUCCCGGACUGGUACUGUUUACAUCAAAGAACCUCCAGAUGCCCCUACAAAUAUACAGAUUGACCAGGAGUCUGGUAACGUGACUUUAAUGUGGAGCCCAGGCUUCAAUGGCCAUUCUGACUUGUCCACCUGCACCAUUCAGGUUUCUAGGAGCUCAGGAAGGAAAGAAAAACUUCCUGAUUUGCAGGUUUCAGUGCCUCCCUUCCAGCACAUGAUUAGUGGACUCAGCAGUCACUCAAAUUAUAGCUUGCGAAUCCGGUGUGAUAAUGAUGUUGGGUCAUCCCCUUUUUCUCCUUGGAUGAACUUUCUGACUCCAGAAGCAGUGCCUGUAGCAGCUCCUAAGAAUCUAACCUUUGAGCUGACCGAGCAGCAGCUUUCCCUGUCGUGGGCAGCACUUAAAGAAGAGGAGCUAAAUGGUCGACUGCUAGCCUACAAGGUGCAAUGGAACCUGGGAGGAGAGAGUCAGGAGCCAUUCCUCUUUAAGGAAAAUGUUGCCCAUCUUUCUGGCGGUGCUCGAUUCUUUAAUGCCACGUUUCAGGUUGCAGCAUGCACAGUGAUUGGAUGUGGCCCCUGGAGUCAGCCAGUUGUCAUCAUGCCAGCCUCAGCUGUGCAGGCUCAGACACAGAGAGGGCACAUGUGGGUGGGCUUGAUCUUAGCGUUGCUGGUGGCCACCAUUGUGGGACUUAUGCUGCUAGUUCUGUUUCAACGCAGAAGCAAAGAGUCCCAGUUUGGGUCUGUGUUCAAGACUCCGGGGAUGGACUCUGUAGUGUCCUUUACAGCAGCAAGAUCCUUCAACAGGCAGGGCUUUGAGCUUCCAGAAUCCAACUUGGACAGUCUGGGCAUUAACAAUGACUUGAAGAGCAAGCUGCAGGAUGUCCUUAUCCCAGAAAGGCUUCUUACACUGGGACACAUGCUAGGAAAAGGGGAGUUUGGCUCAGUGAGAGAAGCAUUUCUCAAGAUGGAAGACGGCUCAGUGCAAAGGGUGGCAGUAAAAGUAUUAAAAACUGACAUCACUUCCUCAAGUGAUGUUGAACAAUGUCUGAAAGAGGCUGCCUACAUGAAGGAUUUCCACCAUCCCAAUGUUAUUCAGCUGAUAGGAGUGAGCCUGCAUAGACAACCCCAGCACCGGUUACCUAUCCCUAUGGUGAUUCUCCCUUUCAUGAAACAUGGUGACCUGCACACUUUCCUGCUCAUGUCCCGUCUUGGGGACGAACCAUUUACCUUGUCCUUACAAACGCUCAUUCAGUUUAUGUUGGAUAUUGCACGGGGGAUGGAAUAUCUUGGCAGCAAAAAUAUAAUCCACAGAGAUUUGGCUGCUCGCAACUGCAUGUUGAAUGAGAAUAUGACUGCAUGUGUAGCAGACUUUGGUCUUUCCAAGAAGAUCUACAGUGGUGAUUACUACAGACAAGGGUCUGUCUCAAAGUUACCAGUGAAGUGGAUUGCACUGGAAAGUUUGGCUGAUAAUGUCUAUACAACACAAAGUGAUGUGUGGGCUUUUGGGGUUACUAUGUGGGAGAUCAUGGCUCGAGGGCAUACUCCUUAUCCUGGAGUGGAGAACUCUGAAGUCUAUGAAUACCUUAUCAAGGGAGAGAGGCUCAAACAGCCACCCGACUGUCCAAAUGAAAUUUAUGAAAUCAUGCACAGCUGCUGGUCUCCUGUACCCAAGUGUCGUCCCAGUUUUCAAAACCUUGUAGAUCAGUUGGAGGGUCUCUGGACUGGACUUUCUUCAGCAUCUGUGAAGGAGCAGCUGCUGUAUGUUAACCUGGAAAACGAUGAGGGGGAACCGCACUCUGGGAUCGGCCUUGGUGCCUGCACCUCACGUGCUGCGGAGCAAAAUUGGGGUGUGCCUUGGCAGUGUGCUAGUAAGGAGGAAGAUGAAAAAGACUGGCUAACGGUGUCAUCAGGAGCUGCGCUAGCUAUUGGUGGAGACUACCGUUACAUUGUCGGCCCAUGCGGGGCGAUAGAUGGGGAAAGCAGACCCUCUGAGGACAAUACGUCAGAGGAUAUUAGGGAUGAUGAUGAGGAUGUUAUCAUUAAUGUGUGAUUCAUGGGUUUUAGAUACAUCUGUUCAUGACUAAUCACAUAGACUAAUGUAUACCAGCAGGUAGCUGGUGUACAACAUGCACCAUGCCAGCUUGAAUAUAAACAAUCAGCUU